AUGGCCUUAGAAAAGAAGAACGAAUUUCUGGAUGCUUCCGACAGUGAAGAUGACCAAAUCGACAACUACGGCUCUGAUGAUGAGAUAACAAAGGGCGGCCGCAGUGCCAAACGGCGCAAAGUUGACAGUGACGAUGAGAAGUCGGGGAGCGACAUUGACCCCAGCGCGAGCGAUGACGAGGAACCAAUCGAGGGAACACAGCAUGAAGUUGACUCUUCCAAACAAACCAAGGAAGAUAAGUCAAAAUCACGAAAAGAGCUACCAAAGCUGGAAACUGGCAUUCCCGACAUAAACAAGCCCUUGACCAAGAAGAACCUGGUUGCCUCAGAAGAAGCCAUCAAAAAAUCCGGCGUGGUAUACAUGUCCCGCAUACCGCCGGGCAUGAAGCCCUCAGCACUGCGGUCUCUACUGUCCCCAUACGGAAAGUUGAAUCGCAUCUUUCUGGCACCCGAGGACCCUACCGUACGGGCUAGACGAAAGCGCGCCGGCGGCAACAAGAGAGUGCUAUUCACUGAGGGAUGGGUGGAAUUUGUCAAGAAGAAGGAGGCCAAGGCUGCGUGCGAGCUGCUGAACGGACACAAUAUCGGUGGAAAGAAGGGGUCGUUCUUCCGUGACGAUAUCUGGAACUUGGUGUAUCUGAAUGGGUUCAAAUGGCACAACUUGACGGAGCAGAUUACCGCGGAGAAUGCAGAGAGGACGAGCCGCAUGAGAGCUGAAAUUAGCAAGUCGACAAAGGAGAACAAGGAGUUUGUGAGGAACGUGGAGAGGGCCAAGAUGUUGGAUGGAAUGCAGGCCAAGGCGAAGAAGAGGAAGGCUGCGGAUGUGGACGAGCCGGUGCGAGAUGGUGGACGGUCGUUCAAACAGGUGCAGCAGGUGAAGAAGGAUAAGGCGGCGCAAGAGCAGCCGGAUAAUGUGACGAGAGUGUUGAGCAAGAUUUUUUAA